UUAGACUACAGUGUAUGUUAAAAAAUUUCUUUAUAUCGAGGAAAAUGAAGGAGUUACUUUUGUAUUCACGAUAUUGGCUAGUGGCAAGCAUUUUUCACUCGGCGCCGUGCGGCGCCAGUAUUAUAACACCAAAACUAUCACUGAAUUAUUAUUAAAGUUUCGAGAGGGAGUCAGAAAUUGCGAUCAAAGUGACUGUCUGUUAAAGCAAACGAUAUUUCUAAGUAAGAAUUCGUUGGAUUUCUGAUCAUUUGCCACUGGACAGCAUUUGAACCACUUUUAUCAGUGAGAAACAAUUUAAAGACUGAACCUCAUUUGACUUUAAUUAAAGAAAACGUUUUCGGCAAGAUAGCAAGGAUUGAUUCUGUCACGUUGUUGGCCAAUUUAUGACCUACUCAACUAAAAUUAACCCUUAUUAAAUUAAAGAUGAAUCUACCAAUCACACUAGCUGCAUGAGAGGCGGCUUUGGCGGUAAAUCAGCAGGGGUCUACGCCAAAAAACCCGGAUGUUGUCGACAAUGCAUGCAUCUGAUCAGAAUUGAGUACAGCAGCUGUGAACUGUUUUAGGAUGCUUUUUCCUCGGCGUAUUGUAUUACGAGGUGACAUAAAGCUUCUCUCUUCCUCACAGCAUUAUUGCGACUCGUACGUUUCAGAGUGAUGCUGACCAAACAACUCGUAACAGAGAACUAACCAAGAGUAAAACGAAAGAAAAAAUAAACGAAAAAAUGCGUUGUCACACAGGCAUAUUCUCUCUCAUAAUACUACACAGCAUCAAAACUGUUUCUGGUAACAGUUUGCUCAGUGGCAAUUGUGUAUCUUCCAUCAAAGGCAGCGCUCUUGUGAAACACUGUUACACAUCACUUAUGACACACAACAUACUCGCAUGUUAUUAUCGGUGUAAAGAAGACAAACUGUGUCAGAGUUUGAACUUUUACGAAAAGAAGAACCUUUGUGAAUUGAACAACCGAACGCGUGCUGUGGGAUCUCUGAAUUUUCUCUCGUAUGCAGAUUCUGUUUACUUGGAUAAUCCGUUCAGAGCUACUCUGGGUUCCUUCUCCAAGCUUCCAGCUGCUUCAUGCCGAGAAAUCAAGAACAGUUCCGGAGGACUGGCGACUAGCGGUCGGUAUUGGUUAGAUACGGGAGAGUCUGGACACAAGCCUAUUAUCGCUUACUGUGAUAUGGAAAGAGAAGUGAUCGUGGAGUGUACUGGGAAUCCAUGUCGAAAUGGCGGAACGUGUGACUAUCAGGGGGAUGGUCAGUAUUCAUGUCGGUGUUCAGGAGGGUACAGCGGGCGCAACUGUGAACUUGUUACAGACAAGUGUUCCAGCAACCCCUGUUUGAAUGGAGGAACGUGCAAUGUUACUGUCAAUGGUUUUACAUGCGCAUGCGCACCGUUCGUUACUGGCAUUUAUUGCGAGCUUGGUGUAGGAGAGGGAUGCGACAGGUACUUGACAAACAUGGAUUUGGAUCGAAGCAUUCACACCAGAAGUUUGUCCCGAUUCCAAAAAUGUGACCGCACAAUGGUUGAAGGCUGGUACCGCUUUAACAGUACCGCGGGCGUAAGAAUGCCCGACUACUGCGUGAAUAGCUACAUGUGUAAUACGCAUGCGUCCGGUUGGAGAGGGAUGCGACAGGUACUUGACAAACAUGGAUUUGGAUCGAAGCAUUCACACCAGAAGUUUGUCCCGAUUCCAAAAAUGUGA